AAAAAUUGGACAUGAUUUUGUUUUCUCAAUAGCUCAAUAUUUUGGGGAUCCCAGACACCCCCAGAGAUUUGUAUAUACACAGCACAGUUGGUAUGACAAUCGUGUAUAAUAAAUCCUAAUUGAUUACAAUAUAAUUUUCAUCGUAAAAAUUAACCGAAUCCUACAUCUGCGAUGUCUGAAGUAAUUUAAUGUGAAAAUGCGCCCUAGCAGGUGCAAAGCGCAAAAUCGACAACCGCAGCUGACGUUUUCAGUCGUACACGUGCGCAGAAGUUAAUUAAUGGAUUAACCGUGACGAAGGUAGAAGACUGAACGUUGUAAUGUAUUGUAACAAUAAGCAAAACUCUGAAGAAAAUGGAAGUCGUAAACGAUAGGAAAAUGGAUACCGAAGAGUAUAAAUGUUGCGAGAAUGAGGAUAUUGAAAAUUCGGAUGAAAGCGACAGACCAUCAGGUGAAAGAUGGGCACCCGUCGGAGCGAACGAUGGUGACAAUGAUUUUUCCGAUGAAUAUAAAUAUGUUGACAAUAUGGAAAAUUUAUCAUAUGAUAUGGAAAGGCUGAAGAUACUGGAGGAAGAGCAGGAGAUGCUUAAUUCAUCUCUUAUAGCAUUAACCACUCAUUUUGCUCAGGUUCAAUUUCGUUUAAGACAGAUUGUUGAUGCACCCACAAAUGAAAAGGAAACAUUGCUCAAAGAAUUAGAAGAAUUUGCUUUCAGAGGGAUACCUGAUGUUCCACAUAGUUUGUCACUUGAUAGUAAAUCAAUUACACCAACUUCUCCAAUGUCCUGCAAGCAAAGUAUAUCUGGAGUAAUUAAUGAUGUUGAUGUUGAGUCUAAAAUGGCAUUACAAAGAACUAAACAAAAAGAAUUGAUAUGUCAACUAAAGUCUCAAUUAGAGGAUUUAGAAAAAUAUGCCUAUGAAACUGGUGAUGCAGAACUACCCCAAAGUAUGAUAUUAGAAAGACAGAAUAUCAUAAUUAAUCACUUGAAAGAGAAAUUAAAUUUUGAUGUUGAUGAUCUCUGUAAAUUACCGGUUGAUGAUUUAAGAUGGCAAGUAGACUAUGCUAUAAGUCAGAUUGUUAGUCCCUUAAAAAUGAAGGAGCAAUUAGUGUCCCAAUUAAAAACACAAAUCGCAGAUUUAGAGCGUUUUAUAAAUUAUCUUCAAGGAGAAGUUAGCACAGAAACAUUAGCCUGCACUUGUGCAUGCCCUGUGCAUACCAGUGGUUCUGCUACUUCCACUUCGUAUGCUAGCAGGUCGUUUAAAAGAAAACCAAUAGAAGAGGAAAGUAAAACCAGAACUCUUAACACUGUUAAGAAAGUUGUAGUUCUGUUGCAUAUGUUCCUAGUGUCCCAAUUAGGAUGCGGCAGUGAACGAGUGCGAAGGAACUUCAAAAAAAAUUCCAUUCAUAAUUGGCGCGAUUUAAGAACAAGAUUAGAUAUCGCGGUUGAACAUGUUAUAGAGACCAUUGCAGAAAGCGAACGUCAUUUAGAAGAUGAAGAUUUUACUAAUGAUAAUGAUUAUGCCUCGGAUUCAGAUUCCACAUCGCAUUGUAGUGUCCGAGUAACAUCCGCUGUAAGGAAGCAUCUAGCAACAUCCAUACGUGACUUAAUGCAACACGGUUUAAUGUCUGAUGCGCGUUCUAAUAGUGUAGUACCAUUCGUUGGAUGUUUUCCCCAAAGAAACCCUUCCACUUCUAAUUUGAUGCAUGCAUGGGAAUUAGUGCUGAAGUAUUACGAAAUUAAAAACGGUCAUCGUUAUAAUUCUAGUCCGGCACAGAAAUUAUCUCAGAGUUUUAAUCUAGAUCUAGCAGGUGGAAGGAAUGUUUCUUCUAAACAGAGCUUAUUAACAACCAUAGGGAAUAUUAUUGCUUCCCAUACUCCAUACAAAAGAAGCUAUGACUCCCACUUCAAAGCAUUUAUUUGUGCAUCCCUAAAUGCUAACAAACUUGUUGUUUGGUUAAAACUUAUUUUACAAUGUCAAUACCUUCUUGAAAAUCAUUAUGCAUCGUGGAGUUAUGUUGUGAAGACAGGUUUUCAAGACGCGUUUCACACGCUUGAUCGUCUUACUAGUUACAAAUUUGACUUACCGGUUGACUUGGCAGUAAGACAGUUUCAAAAUAUAAAAGAUGCAUUUUGAUUACAGAGCAUGUCAAGAGUUACAUACAUGCGAGUAUGCAGGUAGUCAUUUUUAGCGGAAAAGACACGAAAUAUCAAAUAUCGCGAUCACAUAAUAAGAAACAGUAUACUUUAACCUUAUAUUGACCUUAUAAUAAUAUGCCAUUUUUAUGAUUUUAAAACAUUAUGUAAAAAAUAUUCUAAUCACAUUUCUUUAGCGCAGAAUUAUUGACGGCGUAACGAGCUGUAAUAAUUUUACAUGUCAGUAUUUUAGUACUGAGUUUUCAGAAUUUGAAUAUUUUUUCUAUUAUUUCAUCUUAAAAGUUGCAUAGAGAUAAAACAUGUUACACGUGGAAACCUUAAUGGUAAUUUUAUAAUAUAUAAAUGCAUACAAGAAAACAGUACAGGUAAUAAUGCAAUGCUGCCUGAUGUAACAUGGACUGAAGCAUAUUAUCUAGUUAAUUUGAAGUAUAUCUUCGAAUAUUGAACGUUCUUAAUAGAAUAAUAAAUUUAAAAUGUUAGGACCUUUAUAUACAUUAUUUCAAAAGUAAUCUCGUAAACUUAAAUCAGGUUUAUAACAAUUGAAGAACGUGGGUUUCACUGUGAUUAAAAUUAUUGAAAGUUAAUGUUGAACUUUUUAAAGAAAUUCAUAUUCUUACUAGGAAUUAACAUUAAAAACCAAAGAACAAACCAAAGAUUUUUUUUUAGCAUUUUAUCGAUACAGUUUCAUAAUAUUUAAUUUUAGUAUUAUUUUACAUGUUAUAAGUAAUACAUAAAUACUUUAAUUGCAACAUAUCAUUGAAACAGUAAUUAAAUCUAAUGACAUGUAUCAGUGUAUGCAUAUGUAAACUUUGAUGUUAUAAUAUGUUAUAAACAUUUUAUCUUUGUUGUGUUUUAUGAAAUUUUAUCAUUAAUUUGUAUAAUAUAAAUAUUUGGUUACUCGAAAUCAGUAACGAAAGUUAAAAGAAAUAUUUAAUCAUUCCACUGUAUAGUUAAUUAAAAAGAUUUGUAUGAAGAAUCAGGUUCUUCUAUACUGUUUCAGAUAUAGAUCUUAUAAAUAUUUCUUUAAGUAACACGGUUCCUGAUUUUAUCAACAUUAAAUAACAUUUCGAAAGAUGAAUAAACUUCUGAAAAUACAUAUUAUUUUCAGUAGUUGAAAGUUUACUAGAUGUAUAUGCAGAUAUAUACAAUUACUAUGUCGCCUAUAUAAGAUAAUCCUUGUAUAAGAAGAUAGCUUUAAGAAUGUCACAUGUAUCAUAAAAUAUAAAUAUCUGCUUUUUAUAUACAUAAUAAUUUGACAUUACUUUAUUGGGAAAAGAAAUAUGCGAAAAUAUAUUUAUGGAGCAAUGUA